AUGAAUUCCCUUCUCUCUUCAUUAAAACAUGAUCGCCGCUACACCCUCACCCCUUCCCUCUUCACCCACAUUAUUCGCAUCUACGGCGAAACCAAUUCCCCCGAAAAAGCCCUCAAAACGUUCUACACGAUGCUCGAGUUUGACGUCAAGCCACGGCCGAAGCAAUUGAAUGUGAUUCUUGAGAUUUUGGUGUCAGAAAGGCGGUAUCUUCGGCCUGCAUUUGAGUUGUUUAAGUCGGUGAAUCGGUAUGGUGUGUGUCCGAAUGUCGAAUCGUAUAAUAUUUUGAUGCGGGCGUUUUGUUUGAAUGGUGAUCUUAGUGUUGCGUACCAGCUAUUUGGUGAAAUGUCUAAGAGAGAUGUAAUGCCGAAUGUGGAGUCGUAUCGGAUUCUGAUGCAGGGUUUGUGUAGGAAGAGUCAGGUGAAUAGGGCUGUGGAAUUGUUGGAGGAUAUGUUGAACAAAGGGUUUGUACCGGAUGGGUUGAUUUACACGACGGUGUUGAAUAGUUUGUGUAGGAAGAAGAAAGUCGUAUCGGAUUCUGAUGCAGGGUUUGUGUAG